UUUUGCCCAAGGGUAGGCUCUGAUCUUUCUCGGAACAGGUAGAAGAGUUACUCAAAGAAAAGUCGCCACUUGAUCUGCCUUCUCAGCCCGGGAGGAAAGGGGAGCGCUCACACCCUCAUGACGCACUCCGCGCCACCGCGAAGGUAAACAGGAGAGGAGUCGCAGGAAAGUAAACAGGGGAUUCACAGAUCCCUGAAAGCGAAAGCAGAGGCUGGGAGUGUGCGCCCCAGUGAAGGCGCGGGACGAGGAGGCGUGGGGGUUCUUCUGCCGAGGAGACAGAGGGCAGCUUUGUGCGAGGCCACCAGCGCGCCCGCCUCCCGUCCCGGGGUGCGCACCGUCCUGGGGAACAUGCCGGGGCUCCUCCUUCCCACGCUUCUCCUCGCUGCCCUGUCACAGUUCUGCAGGGCACAGGACACGCCUGAAGGAAGGCCUGGAGAAGUCUCAGAAGUGCAUCAGCGGAAACAGUUUUGUCAUUGGCCCUGUAAAUGCCCUCAUCAGGAGCCCAGGUGCCCUCCUGGAGUGAGCUUCGUGAGGGAUGGCUGUGGAUGCUGUAAAAUCUGUGCCAAGCAACCAGGGGACAUCUGCAAUGAAGCUGACCUCUGCGACCCUCACAAAGGGCUGUACUGUGACUACUCAGCAGACAGGCCUAGGUACGAGACUGGAGUGUGUGCAUACCUCGUAGCAGUGGGAUGCGAGUUCAACAGUGUUCAUUACCAUAAUGGCCAGGUGUUUCAGCCCAAUCCCCUGUUCAGCUGCCUCUGUGUGAGUGGGGCCAUCGGAUGCACUCCUCUGUUCAUACCAAGGCUGGCUGACAGUCGCUGCUCUGGGGCUAAAGGUGGAAAGAAGUCUGAUCAAUCAAAGUGUGGCCUGGGACCAUUACAACAGCAGCCCUCAACAAGCUACAAAGCAAUGCCAGCUUAUAGGAAUCUCCCACUUAUUUGGAAAAGAAAAUGUCUUGUGCAAGCAACGAAGUGGACCCCUUGCUCCAGAACAUGUGGGAUGGGAAUAUCUAAUAGGGUAACGAAUGAAAAUGCCAACUGUGAAAUGAGAAACGAGAAAAGACUGUGUUAUAUUCAGCCUUGUGACACUAAUAUAUCAAAGACAGUAAAGAUCCCCAAAGGAAAAACGUGCCAACCUACCUUCCAGCUCUCCAAAGCUGAAAAAUUCAUCUUUUCUGGAUGCUCAAGCACUCGGAGUUAUAAACCCACUUUCUGUGGAAUUUGCUUGGAUAAGAGAUGUUGUGUCCCUAAUAAGUCUAAAAUGAUUACCGUUCAAUUUGAUUGCCCAAAUGAAGGGUCAUUUAAAUGGAAGAUGCUGUGGAUUACAUCUUGUGUAUGUCAGAGAAGCUGCAGAGAUCCAGGAGAUAUAUUUUCUGAGCUUAAGAUCCUAUAAAACCAAGUGCUUAAGGGAAAAGUUAAGUUAGUCAAUCAUGUCGUUACAUCAAAAAAUUAAAAUGGUUUUAAAAGGGUGGCAAAUCUGCCUUAUUGAUUUAAAACAGUAAGAAUGCCUAGCUAUUCUCAGAUGAUUGUAUUUCAGGCAUUAGAAGCUUUUAAAAGGUUCUCCUAAAAAUAGUGUAAAACUUGAAAACCUUAAAAUUGAACUCUUACUUUAAAAUUAUCUUAUAAUUUAUGUGAUACACAGAUAUUUGGUUCCAUCUACGUUUUCCAUAUAUAAUGGAAAAUUAUACAAUUUAUAAGAAAACAUUUUAUUGUAAAAUAAUUUGGAAUACUUUGUUGAAGAUGUGUAAAAAGCAUAUUAAAAUUUUACAACUUUAUCUAUAAUUUGACAGUCUAGCCUAGGUUCCCAUCAGAAGAUAAUCAUUAUAGGGUGAGAAGAUUCUAGAUUAAGUCUUAAAAAUAGGACUAAGAUUAAACCAUAAAUAUAUUUAUAAUUUCCCUUCCCCUUUCCUCAAUAUGAGUUUAUUAAGAUUUCUU